AUGGGUUCCCUAGACAUGAAGCACCUAGAAUCCACCAGCCUAAUGAUGAACAACCCCUUGGACCCUGAAGAGUUCAGGAGACAAGGAUACAUGGUAAUUGACUUCCUUGCUGAGUACUAUAAGAGCAUUGAGAAGUACCCUGUUCGAAGCCAAGUCGAAGCCGGCUAUCUUCGCAAAAAGCUACCGGUGUCUGCCCUGUAUCACCCUGUUUCCAUGGAAACUAUCCUAAAGGAUAUCCAAACAGAUAUCGUUCCUGGGUUAACACACUGGCAAAUCCCCAAUUACAUUGCUUAUUUCCCAAGUAGUGGGAGUACUGCUGGGUUACUUGGAGAGACUUUAGCUGCGGGCUUCAAUGUUGUUGGAUUCAACUGGAUUUCUUCUCCUGCUUCCAUGGAGCUUGAAAGUAUUGUCAUGGAUUGGUUGGCUGAUAUGCUUAGUUUGCCAAAAAGUUUCACCUUUAGUGGCGGGGGUGGUGGUGUUAUGAUGGGAACUACAUGUGAAGCCAUCUUAACAACCAUAACUGCUGCUCGUGAUGCUCUUUUGGAUCAAAUUGGCCGUGAAAAUAUCAACAAGCUUGUCGUCUACGGCUCCGAUCAAACUCAUUGCUCUUUCUUCAAGUCCGCUAAAAUUGCUGGAAUUUCUCCUAAUAACUUCCGUACUAUCAAGACUACAAAGACUCAUGCUUUUUCACUAAGGGGAGAUUCACUAAGAUCCACCAUUGAAGCCGAUGUCAACGCCGGCUUGAUUCCUCUUUUCCUUGUCGCCACCGUAGGGACCACUUCCACUGCGGCCGUAGACGAGGUGGGCCCGCUUUGCGAUGUUGCAAAGGAAUACAAUAUGUGGGUUCAUGUAGAUGCAGCCUAUGCUGGAAACGAUUGUAUAUGCCCGGAGCUCGGUCACAUGAUUGAUGGAGUUGAAAAAGCUGAUUCCUUUAGCUUUAAUGCACACAAGUGGUUUCUAACCACACUAGAUUGUUGCUGCCGUUUUGUUAAGGAUCCUAACGCACUUGUUCGGUGCUUAUCCAUCAACCCGGAAUACCUUAAAAACAAAGCUACAGACACAAACCAAGUGGUGGAUUACAAGGACUGGCAGCUAACUCUAAGUAGUCGAUUCCGGUCACUUAAGAUGUGGAUGGUUAUUCGUAGCUAUGGUGUCGAUUAUCUUCGCAACUUCCUCCGUAGUCACGUCGACAUGGCUAUCUAUUUCGAAAAUAUGGUAACUAAAGACAAGAGGUUUGAGAUCGUUGUUCCUCGUAGUUUCGCUCUUGUUUAUUUCCGCCUCUCGGCUUCAGCUGUCAUACAACAUUCCGGACAGAAAUUUCUAGAACAAGAAACCUUAAACGAGAUUAACACUAAGCUACUCGAAUCCAUCAACUCAGCCGGCAAAAUUUACAUGACUCAGUCUCUUGUUGAUGCUACAUUCAUGAUCCGUUUCGCAGUUGGAGCUACCCUUAGCGAAAUCCACCAUGUUACCUACGUAUGGAAGGUUGUUCAAGAGCAUGCAACCGCUGUCUUAGCACGAAGAAGUAUCAGCUGCUAA